AUGGCUUCCAACUCCGACUUCCAAGAAGAAGACUUCCUCUGUCCCAUCUGCUGUGACAUCUUCAAGGAUCCUGUGGUCCUCCCCUGCAGCCACAGUGCCUGUAAGACCUGCAUAGAGAACUACUGGAGAUACCAGGGGUGUCCUGUCUGCUUGAAGAAAUCAUCCAUGUCUCUACCAACAGUCAGCCUUACUCUGAAGAGGCUUUCUGAGGUCUUCUUACAGACAAAAAACAACAGAGAUGUUUAUGUAUCAGACGAGCUUUGUGGUCGACACAAAAAGAAACUCAAGCUCUUCUGCCUGGAGGAUGAAAAGCUAGUCUGUUUGGAGUGUCGUGACACAAGGAGACACAAAAGUCACACACUUUGUCCACUUGAGGAAGCGAUCCAGGAUUACAAGGCAAGUGUAGAGACUGAAAUGAAGAUUGCGAAGGAUAAACAGAUGGUUUACAUUCAAGCCAUCAAGAGAAGUUUUCAAACAGAAAAAUACAUAGAGAUGCAAGCCAAGCGAACGGUAUACCAUAUCGAACACCAUUUUGGGGAACUUUAUAUCUUUAUAGAUGAGGAGAAGAAGAAGAGUGUAGGAGCUAUAAAUAUGGAAAUGAUUAGUAAUAUUAAAAUGCUAAAGGAUAAAAGUGAAGAGCUCAGCACAACAAUCACCUGUCUAUCAAACAAGAUCAGAGUGGUAGAAGAGGGUCUAGAAAGUGACCAUGUUGCCUUUCUGCAGAGAUACCAGGCCAUUCGUAAGCUGUCCAGAACCCAUUGCACAGUGCCAGAUCCUCAGCUGGUUUCAGGAGCAUUGAUAGAUGUGGUCAAACAUCUGGGAAACCUGGAGUUCAGUGUCACACAGAAACUGCAUCAAUCGAGGUCGUACUAUCCUGUGAUUCUGGAUCCAAACACGGCCCACAGAGAUAUCUGUGUGGACAAAACUUUAACGGAGAUAACAAUGAAUGACUCAGACUAUAGCGAAGAUAUAGAUAAACAUCCUGGCAGCCCAGAGAGGUUCAACUUACAUCCAUGGAUCCUGGCCUCUGAAGGCUUUGACUCGGGAAUAAACAGCUGGACGGUGAAGAUAGAAAUAUUUAAAGGCUGCUGCUCAUGGGCCAUCGGAUUACUGGAAGGGUCAGUAUCCAGGCAUGGGGUGAUUGACAAAGGAGUCUGGAGCUUAGUCUACGAUGAAGAUGUUUACACGGCACACUCUGGCUCCAAGGAGCCUGUCACCCUGACAUUGGAAAAGGAUCUUUUAACUGUCAGAGUGGCAUUAGACUGGGACCAGGGGCUUCUGUCCUUCUUUGAUGUGGACAACGAUCUACAUAUCCACACAUUUAAACACAUCUUCAGAAAUAAAGUCUAUCCGUUUUUUAGCAAAAAGUGUGAUGAACAUACUUUGACCAUUCUUAAUGGUGUCUCAUGA